GUUAUCGAAGGACUGGAUCACCUGACGUCAUCACAUAGCUCCAGGAAGAUUGCUGACUGGUCGUUAUCACUGGUUCCAGAUCGGCUAACAGAACGCAAUAUUUAAAGUUUAGCUGUAGCUAGCUACUCCAAAAUAAUAAGUAAAGGCGACUCGGUCAGUUUUGGUACGUGGUUUCGCGCACGUCCGAAUGAGUGGAGGGACUGCGCGUGUUCUAUUGACAGUCUUAUGCAAGCCACCCUGCACAUAGGCACGAUGUCCGAAGCUGCUGCUGUAGCAGAGAACAACGGAGACUCUGGACUAAAUGGGUCCUGGGUGGAGCUGGAGAUGAACAGAGCUGCGGCCGCUGCUGCAUCAGAGUUGUCCCCGCCUGCCUCCACUGUGGGCCAGCCUCUGGGUCUGCUUCCCCUGCCUCAGGUGGAGGAGGAGGUGGAGGCCAUGGUGGGGGGCUUAGAGCAUGUGCCCUCCUCAUCCUCAAUCCAUAACGGAGACAUGGAGAGGAUUCUGCUGGAUGCACAGCAUGAGUCUAGCCGUAGCAACUCUUCCUGUGACAGUCCCCCUCGGCCUCACAGUCCCCAGGAGGAUGUUCAUGAUGGACAGAUUAUCUUUGACGUGGACACGAGCAGCAGAAGAGACAGCCAAUCGGAGGAGGAUGUCCUGGAGAAAGAGAGAGACAUGGACAUACUAAUGAAGGACUCCGACUGGGUAGCAGACUGGUCCAGUCGGCCUGAGAACAUUCCCCCUAAAGAGUUCCAUUUUCGCCACCCUCGGCGUUCCGAUACACUCAGCAUGAGGAAGACUGGGGUGAUGAAGAAAGGGGGUGUCUUCUCUGCGGAGUUCCUCAAAGUGUUCAUCCCUUCAUUGUUGCUGUCGCACAUUCUGGUGCUGGGGCUUGGGUAAGAGCACCCCGGGGACAUUCUGGUGCUGGUACUGGGGGUAUACAUUGGGAAGAGGUUGACCACACCCCCUACCAGCUCUUUCUGAGAAUUUAGCUGAAGAAGUGCCUGAGGAUUGGCAGUGAUUUAAAAUGUGGCUGUUGUGCGGAGAAUGCCCCACUAUUCUCAUACUAUCCCUCUCCCUCCCUCCACUUCCCCUCCUUGUCCCAUUCUGCUUUGUCCCGCCUCCUAAAGCAUGUCCUCUUCCAUGCUCAAAUGAGCUGUGUUCUGUUCUCAGGACAAAUGAGUUGCCUUUUCUUCUAAACCCCAGCACCUUUAUCCUCUAUCCCCAUCUCUCUUCCUCUCCCAUUUGUAUUAGCUUUUCAAGGAAAAAGAAAGGUCAUUUUCCCUUUUCCCCCUAUUUGUGUGUAAUUGUGUAUAAUGGGUGGGGGUUUUUUUGGUAGGGGGGCAAAGCAUAAAACCAAACCAAACUCUUCUACACACUUGGUCCAGUACUCUGUAGUUGCCUCGUACAAGAGAGAGAGAGAGCUGUCUGCACCACAGAUUUAGAAGGUAGAAGUAGCUCCUGAUUGUGCCACCUGUAACAGUGGUUGGGUUAUACUCUUAAGCCUGAAUGGGCCAUAGGAAAGAAACUAACCUGAAAAUGUGAGCAUGCCUUUAAGAGUAAUCAUUUUGUUUAGAACUAUAGAUGUUAGGUAAUAUUUUUACAUUUUAUUUUUCACCAGUGGUGUGUUCAUAAUGAAGCUUGAGUUUUGAUUUAAGAAGGGUGUUACUAUUGUGGGAGCGUUUCAAACCCACAAACCACCAGAUGUUGUGCCCUGGAGGGAGUCUGCUUGGCCUGGCAGGUGAGAAGUGUAUGAGACCUGAAGUAUCAGAGAUGUAUCUAUGUCAUAUAUAUAUAUAGCGUUUAUCCUGUUGUUAAUCAUCAUAUAAAUGCCUGUCUUCAAUUGCGUUUUAUCAUUUUUAAAUCUGAGAUAAAUGACUGGAAAAAGGCUGGUAUCCCUCAUUAAAUGUUUUGUUGGUGGCCAUUGAGUAGCCACUCUAUGGUGUCCUGAUUGAGAUGAGGUGUGUUACUUCUGGAAUGUGUCAUUGUUUUGUUUUUGUCGAGUUCACCACAACAUAUCAUGGGCCCAGUUAUUUAGCCCUGGUUCAAUGGGGUAGACCUCUGAUUUACCUGCAAAAGUGUGACAUUUCAUCUUUUAAACUUGACCAGCAUGCAUGUAUACAUACAUACAGACGAGAACAGGCUCUUGUGGCUUCUUGGUCCAGUUGGUCAAGAACUGAUAGGUCGAGCUUUCAUAGAGUCCAGUGGCAGACUAGUUUGUGGACUGCAGUAUUUCUAUGUUGGGAGUUUAGAUUCACAAUUGUACCAACACUUCACCAUUGAAUAUUGCUUACAUAAAUACCUAUUAAAUUGUUUUCAGUUUACUUCCCUGUAUAAAACUGCAAGAAGUGAGCCUCAGCUCUUCUCAGUAAUUAUGUGCCUCAUCUCUGUUCCCCAGCCUCCAUUGUAAUUCUGUUCUCACUGUCUUUCUAUGAGCAGACAGCGUGAGGCUACUCUACAGACUCUACCAGAUGUUACUUUAUGGCUUGUUUUGGGUUUGUUUCAGUGAGUUUUAUUGUCUGGAUUGUUGUGACAUUGGAGUCGGAAUGCAUAGAAUAAGAGUGAUAGCUAUCAUGCGAUAGAAGUCAUUAGGAAUUUAAGGAACAUUAUGUUUUCACUACAGUUCCAAUUAGUAUAUAAGAAAGAUACUUUGCAGGGCCCAAAGUGAAAAGGAAAGUGUUCCCCUCAGACUGCUUUGGUAACUAUAAUUAUUGUAAUCAUACACAUCCUUUUGAUUUCACUUAAUGUUUUUUUCCCUCAUUGGAAAAUGGAAUAAAGAAAAUGUGACAAAG